GUUUCAAAAUCGCUUCAUUCCCUUCCCUCUUCAUUUUCCUUUUCAUCUCUCUUAACACACUCACUCUCUUUCAAUUUCUCGAUUAGGGCAUCGGCGUUUCCCCUACGAGAUGCCGCUAUUUAUCUCCGACGAGGAGUUUUCGCGGUGCUCCGGCGACACCACCGCCGUCGCCGCCAAGGCGGACUCCUACAUCCGCAGCCUCCUCCUCGAACUCGACACCGUCCGCGCCAAAGCUGACGCCUCCGACAUCAACGCCGAGCAGAACUGCUCUCUCAUCGAGCAGAAGUAUCUCUCUCUCGCCGCCGAAUUCUCCAAGCUCGAGUCGCAUGUUUCCGACCUCCAAUCGUCUCUCGAUCAGCGCCAACGAGAACUCUCCGAUGUGCAGUCGCAGAAUCACCAAUUUCAGCUGCAACUGGUUGAGAAGGAUAGGGAGAUUGAGAGGUUGAAGACGGAGGUGAACGAGCUGCAUAAGGCGAAGAGACAGUUGAUUGAAUUGAACGAGCAGAAGGAUUCGGAGCAUAGCGAGAAGAGCGCUACCAUCAAGAGCUAUCUUGAUAAAUUUAUUCGUUUGUCGGAAAAUGCUGCGCUUAAGGAAGCACGAUUAACUGAAGCUGAGGCCGAAUUGGUGCGGUCGCGUGCUGCUUGUGCUCGCCUUGAACAGGAGAAGGAGAUUGUUGAGAGGCAGAAUGCUUGGCUUAACGAGGAGUUAACGGCUAAAGUUAACAGUUUCAAUGAGCUGCGCAAGAGACAUACUGAAUUGGAUACUGAUUUGACUUCCAAGCUUGCAGAUGUAGAGAGACAAUUCAGUGAAUGCUCUAAAUCUUUAGAGUGGAAUAAGGGUAGAGUGAAGGAGCUGGAAAUAAAGCUUAAAUCUAUGCAAGAGGAAUUAAUUACAGCUAAAGAUGCAGCUGCAGCCAAUGAAGAGCGAUUCUCUGCUGAGAUCUCCACUGUCAAUAAGCUUAAUGAGCUCUAUAAAGAGAGUUCGGAGGAGUGGUCUAGAAAAGCAGCGGACCUUGAGGGUGGGGUAAAAGCUAUGGAGUCAUACCUAAAGCAAGUUGAAGAUGAUUAUAAAGAGAAACUUGAGAAGGAAUCAUCUGCUAGAAAGCAGGUUGAAAAGGAGGCUGCUGAUUUGAAAGAAAAGCUUGAGAAGUUUGAAGCAGAAAUUGAGGCAAGCAAGAAGAGUAAUGAACUAAUUAAUCUUCCACUCAGCAGUUUCUCUACUGAACCGUUGCUGACAUCUAUUGUAGCUGAUGGCAUGGUUGAGGAAAAUAACAUGCUAGUGCCAAAAAUUCCUUUUGGUGUUUCCGGAACAGCAUUAGCCGCUUCACUUCUGCGAGAUGGAUGGAGUUUGGCAAAAAUGUAUGCAAAAUACCAAGAGGCUGUUGAUGCAUUUAGACAUGAACAAUUGGGAAGGAAGGAGUCAGAGGCAAUAUUGCAACGGGUUCUAUACGAGUUAGAGGAGAAAGCAGAAGCUAUAAUAGAUGAAAGAGUGGAACAUGAAAAGAUGGUUGACACAUACUCCUUGAUGAGCCAAAAAUUGCAAAACUCCCUCAAUGAUAAUUCAAACUUGGAGAAAACCAUUCAAGAACUGAAGGCUGACCUCAAACGGCAUGAACGAGAAUACAAUCUUGCACAGAAAGAAAAUGACGACCUUCGUAAACAGGUCACAGUACUUUUGAAGGAAUGCCGAGACAUACAACUUCGUUCUGGGUCAAAUGGUAAUGAUGUUGUUGAUGUUGCAUCAAAUAUUGCUUUAAGGACAAGUAGAGGGACCGAACCUGAAGAUGUCAUAUCAGACCACAUUUUAACCUUCAAGGACAUAAAUGGAUUAGUUGAGCAGAAUGUCCAACUCAGAAGCCUUGUACGCAGUCUUUCUGGCCAAAUUGAAAAUCAGGAGGUGGAAUACAAGGAGAAGCUUGAAAUGGAGCUAAAAAAACAUACUGAAGAAGCUGGUUCUAAAGUCGCAGCUGUUCUUCAGAGAGCAGAAGAACAAGGGAACAUGAUUGAAUCACUUCAUGCAUCUGUUGCGAUGUAUAAGAGGUUGUAUGAGGAGGAGCAUAGUCUUCAUCUGUCUCAUGCACAUUCUUCAGAAGCUCUUGCAGCUGUUUCAGAAGUUAGAAGAAACAAUCUUAAGACUUCAAUUGAAAGUUCACAGGAAAUUGCAAAGAAAUCCCUGGAAAAAGCUGCUGAGCGUGUAAGAUCCCUUGAGGAUGAUUUAGCAAAGUCUAGGAGUGAGAUUAUUGUCUUACGAACAGAACGUGACAAGAUAUUGCUUGAAGCAAAUUUCGCUAGAGAGAGGCUUGAUAGCUCCAUGAAGGAAAUUGAACACCAGAAAGCUGAAGCAAAAGGAAUCCUAGCAAGAAAUGUAGAGUUUUCCCAGCUAAUUGUUGACUACCAACGCAAGUUGCGUGAAAGCUCUGAUUCCCUUAAUGCUGCUGAGGAGUUGACUCGGAAACUUUCUAUGGAGUUGUCAAUUUUAAAGCAUGAAAAGGAAGUCAUAUCAAAUGCUGAAAAGAGAGCUUCUGAUGAGGUUCGCAGUUUAUCUGAAAGGGUGCAGAGCUUGCAGGCUAGUUUGAGUACCAUACAGAGUGCCGAGGAAGUUCGAGAGGAAGCAAGAGCUGCUGAGAAGGUAAAACAAGAAGAAUAUAUAAAGAAAUUGGAGAGGGAAUGGGCUGAGGCCAAGAAAGAGUUACAGGACGAGCGUGAAAAUGUGCAGAGACUCACACUAGACCGGGAGCAGGCCAUGAAAAAUUAUAUGAGACAGGUUGAGGAUACACAUAAAGAGUUAGCUAAUGCAUUGAGCGCAGUUGCAUCUGCUGAAUCUAGAGCUUCUGUUGCAGAGGUAAAGCUUUCCAGCCUUCAAAGAAAAAUGGGUCCCUCAAAUGAAAAGCUUGUCGAAGUCGAUGGUGUGAGUGGACCUUCCACUUUAUCCAGUGAUGAGGUUGUUGCUGAGUUGCAAACCGCAAAGGAGGAGAUUGAAAAACUUAAAGAGGAGGCGCAAGCUAACAAAGCUCAUAUGCUGCAGUAUAAGAGCAUUGCUGAGGUGAAUGAAGAUGCAAUGAAACAGAUAGAAAUUGCUCAUGAUAAUUACAAGAUAGAGGUUGACAAUGCAAAAAAGGCACUAGAACUUGAAGUUCAUGCACUUAGAGAGAAGGUUUCAGAGCUCGAAAAUGAAUCAAGUUUGAAAUUUGAAGAAGUGGCAUCUGCAACUGCAGGAAAAGAAGAGGCUCUUACAUCUGCGCUGGCUGAAAUCUCAAAUCUCAAAGAAGAAAUCUUAAACAGAUGUUCUCAAAUUUCAGCAAUGGAACUUCAGAUCUCUGAUUUAAAAGAACAGCUGGACAAGGAGCACCAGAAAUGGCGUGCUGCUCAAACCAAUUACGAAAGACAGGUUAUUCUCCAAUCUGAAACAAUUCAGGAGUUGACAAAAACAUCGGAAGCGCUAGCUUUGCUGCAGGAGGAGGCAUCUAAACUACGUACAUUAGCUGAUGCUCAGAAAAUUGAAAAUAGGGAAUUAAAGGCCAAGUGGGAAGAGGAGAAGGCAGGUCUUGAGAGGUCCAAGAAUGAUGCUGAGAAGAAAUAUGAUGAAAUCAAUGAACAGAAUAAAAUACUACAUAGCCAACUUGAGGCUUUGCAUAUUCAAUGGGCUGAGAAGGAGCGUAAUGCAGCUGGAAUUUCAUCUGGAAGUAGCAGUGCAGAUACAUUUAGUGAUGCUGGCCUUCAAAAUGUUAUUAGUUAUCUCCGACGUUCAAAAGAAAUUGCAGUAACAGAAGUUUCGUUGUUAAAGCAGGAAAAAUUGCGAUUACAAUCUCAACUUGAGAGUGCUUUGAAGGCAUCAGAGUCUGCGCAUGCAUCUCUAGAAGCUGAGCGUGCAAAAUCAAGAUCAUUUUUGUUUUCUGAAGAAGAGUUCAAAUCAUUGCAGCUUCAGCUCAGGGAAAUAAACUUGCUUCGCGAGAGUAAUGUGCAGCUCAGGGAAGAAAAUAAGUACAAUUUUGAGGAGUGUCAGAAAUUGCGUGAAGUAGCACAGAAAGCAAGAGUUGAGACAGAGAAUCUAGAGAAUCUUCUAAGGGAAAGAGAAAUUUUGCUGGAAAGUCACAAUAAAGAAAUUGAAACACUAAAAUUGGAAAAAGAUAAUCUCAAUUACAAGGUUACUGAGUUGCUUGAAAGGUGUAAAAAUGUUGACGUGGAGGAUUAUGAUCGAGUGAAGAAACUUGUUAGAGAUUUGCAGGAUAAAUUGAGAGAUAGGGAUGCUCAGAUUGAGGAAACUGCUAAAGUUCUUUCAGAAAAGCAGGAUUCUGUUUCACGUCUAGAGCAAGACCUUUCCAAUUGCAGAUCAGAGCUUAUGGAGAGGGAGAAAAGAAUUAACGACAUUCUGCAUACUGAGGCUAACCUAAAACAGGAUACGGAGAAGCAUAGGAAAUUGCUGGCUCAGUUUAAGAAGAAGAUAGAUGCUUUGUCAAGGGAAAAGGAAGACCUAGUUAAAGAAAAUCAGCAACUUUCUAAACAAUUGGAUGAAAUUAAAGGUAAAAGGUUGACAAGUGAUACAACUGCUGAACAAGCAAUGAAGGAGGAAAUGGACACCAGAAUACAGACUCUGGAAAAAACAGUGGCAAGACUAAGAGAUGAAGUAAAGAAGGAGAGGGAAGACAAGAAUAUGGAGAGAAACAGGAGAUUGAAGACUGAAAAGGCCAUAAAAGACUCUUACAACAAUGUUGAGCAGGAGAAAAAACAGUUUAUUAAUGAACUUGAGAGGCAUAAGGAAGCUCUGAAGCGGUUAUCAGAUGAAGUGGAAAAACUUAAGAUUGUUGUUGGCAAUCUUCCCGAGGGAUCCGAUGUAGCCCAACUUCUUUCUGGACCCAAUGUCGAUGACUUCUCUGCUAUUUAUAUGUCCGCUGUUGAAAAUUUUGAAAAGGUAGCUCAAUCAGUAAUUAGCGAGUUUGGAGGCCGUGGCAAUCUUGGAGAUGCAACAGCAACUACAGAUGGUUCAGCAGCUGCUACAGGUUCUGUGGUCCAUGCUCAAUCUCAAAGCAUUAUACCCUUGGCGGCCUCUGGAACAAGCAACUUACCACCUAAAGCCACUGGGGAAAGUGAGAAAAGACUUGCAUUGCCUAAAUCUGUUGUUGAAACUCGUAAGGCAGGUAGGAGGUUGGUCAGGCCACGACUUGUAAAACAGGAUGAGCCACAAGGUGAUGUAGAAAUGUCUGAAACUGAAGGGCUAGGGGGCAAACCUGGGCCUUCUAGUGACACAGAAACACAAAGCAAUUUGGCUCUAUCAUCUCAACCAUUGGCUCGUAAACGUGUUGCUCCUACCUCCACUUCUGAACUACUUGAAGAAUCUGUAGCUCCUGGUGACAAGAGCUCUGAACCUUUGGUAAAGAAGUCUAGAGGAGUAGAGUCCCAAGAAGAGACUGGCGAAGAACCACCUGCUGCAACUUCAGAAUUUAGUGGCAGUCACCCAGCAACUGAAGAAUCAUUUGAAAGUGGGGAGCUGCCUCAAGGCCAAAAUGAGGAACUCGGUGAUGCUCAAAAUGAUGACGGUGAGACUGCUGUUAGUAAAGAUGAGGAGUCGAAAGAUCCGCAACAGUUCGAUGGUACUACGAGUCAAGAGGAAUUACAAGGUGACAAGACUGGAAUUUCAGAAGAGAAUCCAGAUCAAUCCGCUGAAGCAAAAAUACUCUCUGAUGAGAUGCAGAUGGAUCACCCUGAGCCAGACAACCAGCAGCCGGGUAGUGACAGAGAGGAGGGAGAAAUGUUGCCAGAGACCGGAGAUUCUGAAGGUGAACCCCAAGAAUCUCGGGAAGGUCCAUCUGACCCUGUUGCAUCCCCUGAACCUUCCCCGGCUAGGGUUGAUGAUGAAGGUUUAGAGGCUGGUGAGAUCAAUUCUCCUGAUCUGUCGAGUGAGGAUAAGAAUGAUGAGGGUGACUUGGUUGAGGAGGCAGCUGAUGGUUCGGAUAAGUUAAUUGAUGUUAACGAAACUACAUCAGUUGAGAGUGAUCCGGUGGCUGAGCCUGCGCCUGUUGCGAGUGAGAGUACUUUGACGAGUGGUGCUGCUGAAAGUAGCUCCUCCAAAUCAAACUUACCUGUUCCAAAGCAAGGGACCACCGGUACACCCUCUGAAACUGGAGAGUCAAGGCAGGCAUCACCAAUUAAUCCAUCAACGACAAUAAACUUACAAGAGCGAGCCCGGCAGAGGGCUCAAUUGAGACAGGCAGGACAGGAAAGGGCGACUUCUGCCACUCCUAGAGGUCGUGGAAGACCUAAUAUCCGUGGCGGUCGAAUUGUUCGAGGUCGUGGUGGACGGCGUCCGCCGCCUCAUGCUGAUGCUUGAAUCCACAAAUUCACCGUCUGCAUCCGACCAUUAGGGAAAUAAUUUGACUUGGCUUUUACUUUUUAAGUUCCCCUAGUCUGAAUAUAGACCAUGAGUAGGUGUAUAUGCGCGAUCCUGUAAAUACAAUUUUACUUUACACUCAUUUCUAUUUUCUAUCUAAUUUUGCCUUCAUUUUCAUUAUGACAUGUCAAAGGAAAGGCGAUUGUUUGUUCAUUCCAUGGAUGUUCUCCAUCUAGGGGGUAAAAAAGUAAUAACUUUAAUUUAUUCUAUCUCAUAGAACUACGGAUGGAAGUGUGGAAUCUUUUAUCUCUGAAUUGUGAGAUUUGUAUUCAUUCCAUGGAAUGAGAUAAAACAUUAUUGAUUUGCUGAA